AUGAGGUCCACCGUGAUCGGACGGGCCAAGAUCACGACUUAUGAUGACCUUGCGGCGGCCCGAAACAAGCGUGGAGCAGUGGAAUCUGGCAUCGCCGGUCGAGCCAGAAAGUCUGCCAAACGUCAAAAAAAGGGUCCCAGCCCUCCCAAGACUCCUAAAACCUCGUCAGACGCUCCUUCCAAUCCCAAGGAAACCGACAAAGAAAUGUCCGGGACUAGAGGCUUGGAAAGUUAUUGUUCUGUUCUGCAGUUCUGA